ACAGGGCGAAGUCUUCUUGACUGUAGAAAUACAAAAUAGUCACGUUAGUUUAUCUUGUAACCGAGAACCACCACAGACUUUAAAUCGGAUGGGUUUUGUCUCUGAAAACGUGAACGAAGUGUUAAUCUAUUAUUUUCUGAUUUGUGCGUGAAUUUAUGAUUUUGUCUCCUGGAUCUAUCAGAUUCUCCUCGGGUAAUUUAAGUUAAACUGUUUCUUGAAUAAUGCAAUCGCGUUUUUCCAGCUGUUGGGUCCUAAACGCAAGUUUGGACUGGUGAGUUGCGCGCGCGCGUGCACGCCCUUUUCUCGGAGCACAACAGGUAUCAGAAGAACCAGGAAGCGCCUGUGUCGUCAGACAAACUCAAUUCACCAUGCACGAUCCAAGGAUUUAAAUCAAACAACACACACACACACACACACACACACAGAUAUAUUACUUUGGAAAGUUCAGGAACCUCUGAAGGAGAACGAUGUGUUCAUGCGUGUUUCCAGUCUGCAUUGGAUUGAUUUUACUGCAGAUUCACAAAAUCUCAGAAUGUCAUAAAAUAGAAGUGAGCCCUGACUCUGGCACCAUCAUAAUCUUCAAAGCACAAAGUCAGGGCUGUAGCGUGUGUAAGGAUGAAGGUCCAUCUCAAACCUGCAACUCCAACCUCGAACUUACUGAAGCUCAGCCCACCACCGUGACUUUCAACUGCUCUCAGCCGGGGGACGUCUUUAAUGUGGAGGUCAACCAAAAAAUCGAUUGCUCAACAACAGACUGCAGCAUUAUUGCAGUGCCUCUGAAUUCGACACGAUUCCUGGAGUUCACCAGAACCUUCAACUGGGAUCUGAAGGUUCAGUCAGGCAAGGUGUUCCAGCUAGACUUCCCAUCUCCAGGAAUGAGACAGAUCAAGCCUUCAGAAUCCUGUCCAGACAAACACACAUACACUAUCAUCGCAUACCAGCGCACAGGACCGGCCAACAUCGGCUCGUUCUGUCGGAACGGUACCAUCAGCCGUAUCCAGGUCUUGUAUAGAGGUCGAGUGACUCUGGAGGUUCCCAAAGGUACAGACCUGAACCCAUCUGACUUCAAAGUGUCCAUGGGACCAGCAGCAACGGGAGUAGUUGAGAUGGAUGUCAAGCUGCCCAGAGGACCGUUUUCUGUUGAUUUCUUUACUCCAGACUACGCCAAAGGCUACUACGAUGAACAAAAAAUGAAGUGGAACUUUGCUGUUAAGCCUAUGCAAAAUUUUACUGUUCGCUUUCAACAUUACACUCGACCACAAUGCCAAAAGAAAGCUGUUAUGUGUGAUUAUGCAAUGGGAGACAAGACUUCAUUCACAGUGGCCCCAACAGAAACUCAGCUGGCUAAUAAACAGGGAGAUUUCAGCCUGACUCUGACCAACUGUGAUGCAAAGAAAGUGGCAAAUGUUCCUGGGCUUUCCUUGAACUUCAACGUGGAGGUGUUCAGGAGUGGGACUCCAUAUCUUUGCACUGUGGAUCUCCGUAAUGAGGAGGGAUUGAGUUUGCAAAUAGAAAAUAAAAACCAGGAGUCAUACUGUGAAAUGAGCCUGAACUCUGUGAUGCAGGAGAAAAUAGUGGUUCCUGCGGGCACCAAAGCUGACCUGUCCUUCCUCGACUGCCCCGUGCAGGAUCUGCAGCUGAUAGCCACCAAAGUCAUAGACUGUCCCAGUGUGUCUGCCCGUGAUGUGACUGGGAUGUCCCUCACCAUUCCCACCCUGGACCCUAGCCUUCCUGUUCCCCUCCAUCAGUUCACCUGGCUGCUCCGUUUGCAGGAUCAAAGCACCGUGGAUCUCAUGCCUCUCAAGGGAAGCAGCCUUCACCAGUCUGUACCAGACAAGCAGUGUAACGAGAGAGUCUCGCUGCUCAUCUCUGAGACUGAGGGCUCCCACAUCGGACAGUUUUGCUCUGCAGCUGAAGGCACUAUCCAAAAAAUCCAAAUCAAAGGAAACGUUUCCAUCACUAUAACUCCUAAUAUCAUAAAAGACCUGAGCCAGGAAAAAGGAACUUUCUUAACUUUUCGCAUUAGUCCAGAGAUCACGGAAAAUGUAAUCUACACUGUAUCUUCAUUCAUUUCUGGACCCAUGUACCUUGCAACCCCAAACUGGCCCGACGGCAUGAAUCCUUCCUCAUCCGCCUCAUGGAUCAUCACCAUUCCCCAAGAGUACAAGGCUGAGCUGUUGUUCUCCAACAUCAGCCAGCCCAAAUGUGAUUCGGGCCACACCGAGGUCUCGAUCGGAUCGCUGGACUCUCAAGACCAAACGCAGUCCUGGAGAGAAGAUCAGAGCUUCAUUGGUCCUGUUGUCCAACAGCAGAGCUUCUACCUGAACAUGUCCAACUGUGAGCCCAAGAGCGACCGCUUCGCUGUGCUCUCAAAGAUCAGUCUGCUGAAGGAAACCAAGAAGUUCCUGGGCAUUAUCUUGGCUAUAGUCGGAGGGCUGCUGUUGUUGGUAAUCAUUGCAGUUAUAGUUGUGUGCGUCAUUCGAAAAAGGAAAAACAAACCCAAUAACAACAGGUCCUUUAUGCCCAGUGGGAAACCUGUCCUUCUGGGUAACGCUGGCUUCCCAAAAACCAGAGCAGACAAUGAGUCCCAUGUCUACGCCUCUAUCGACGACCCCACCAUGUACGGAUACCUUGGGGACAAGGACCAACCUGAAGAGGUUGACAACGGAGCCUGGAGCAACGGACAUCAGGUGGAUGCGUACCGUCCGUUCACGGGCCCCACGAACUCCGUCCCAGCAGCUACGGUUUCAUCUACUAAAUAUUCGCUGGACAGAAGAGAAGGAGAUGCAUUUCAGCCUUUCCUAAACCCACCCAACACCUUUACCCUGCCGAGGCCUCACUCGCCGCUCGUAUUGCAGGGAAGCUUAGGGUUCGAAGAUCGCAGGAUGAUGGAUAACACGCUGAACACUUUCAAGAGUGGCAGGGAUAUAAAUCCCAUUCGUCUGUCCUCUGAUAAAUCCAGACUACAAUCGCAAAUGGAUUCAGACUCAGAUUCUUAUCCUGAGCCAGAAUACGAGGAGACCAUGUGAAAGGAUGUGAUUAUUCGCCUGCUCGCCAAAAACAUUCAAAUUUUAUUGGGAGAGCAGAAAAGCCAUUGGCUGCAAGCCUGUGCAUGUGCGCAUACAAAGACAAUGUUUUUAUGAACAGCUUUAAACUGAUGGAAAAAGGCCACGCUCUCUCUCGCCGCCCUAGUGGUUUGUUUGAGUAUCUUGCAUGUAUAUUUUAUUAAAAAUGUGGUUUUAAAUGUUUUUAAUGGGCUUGUAGCCUAAAUGUACAAAUUUAACGCUCUUGUCGGAGACGUUUGGGAGCCGUUUGAGAGCCGAACCCAUGGUGGAAGUGUGCCGUAACUUUCUCUAUUGGAUAUUUUUUGUUGUAAUAGUGAUUGUCUCCAGGCUACAGGUUUCAUAUGUGUUUGUUAUUCAAUUCUGUAUGUUUACUUCUAAAAUAAAUUCUAA